GACCACAACCAGAACUAAGCUAUCGUAUUCACGAGGAGACAGCACAAGGACAGCAGCAGCAACUUGAAAGCGGAAGGUGCUCCGCGGUGCUUAUCUGCAAGAUCCCAGUCAGGGCUUCGUAGAUUCAUCCCCAACUGGAAUUGACGCCGCGCUGCCCGUGUGAGCCGCUUCCGAGCGGCUCCUGGCGCACAGAGUCCCUGCGACUCUCACGUCUUCCCUCUUCUCAUCUUCGCUCGAACAUUUCGCUCCGAGGACCCUGCAUGUCGCGUCAUGUCCCUGUCGUGUACAGUAUACCUGGCGCGUAGCGUCCAGCAGUGUCGAUAUAAAGGCUUGAGAUUCCGCGAGGUUCCAGCCCGUUCAGCAGGCAGCCAUGCACUUCCUUGCGCUCCUGUUCCUCGGCGUUCUCGCUUUGUAUGCAGCGGUGCCAUCGCUAGCGGUAUCCGCCCGCGCUCGCAUCGCCCACGAUCGUCUCCGCAAGUACGCCGCCCACCCCGACUACGGCGUCCCCCAGCACAAGAUCGACGCCGUCGCGCGGAAGAGGGCGCUCUCUCCGCGACAGGACGCCGCGGAUCCCCGUGAUCUCGUCGCCCGGUUGAUCCAGGACAACCAGGAUAUAUGGCAGCAGCUCCUGAGCAACCCGUUCAUCGAGGCGAUGAAGACAGCAGCGCCGGGGAACGAGUCCAUAACCGCAGGAUACCAGUGGUACGAAGUGGACUACUGGUACUGCAUCCGCCUGCUCGCGUUCGACGUCGAGCGGUCCUUCAGCGCGCAGUCGCUCGCGGAGCUGAACAGCUCUCUGAGCGACGUCGCGAACGACGGCGCGUACGCCCUCUCGUCCGUCCAGGUCACGACGGCGCCGCCGCCCGCGGGGCUCGGCCUCAGCGAGAGCGUGGUGCUGAGUGCGGCGCCGACGGCGGCGCUGAACCAGUAUACCGACUUCCAGUUCGUGGCUGCGAAGGACUACAACUGGGUCGUCUCGCUGGCGGCGCAGAUUCCGUGCAUACAGUCAUAUUAUUACAUCGCGGAAGGGCUGGUGAACACGUCAUUCUCCGACGAUACACUCUGGUACGAGCAGUGGGUCCUACCCAACCUCGACUAUUCCUAUCUCCAGCCUCAGAUCGGUGAGUGGGCGCGUCCUUGAAGCUGCGUCGCGAAUGUCUCAACACGCUUGCGCAGAUUUCUUCAU